CAGCGUCCUUCGCGGCCGUCUCCAAGACCGUGUAGCGCUAUUGGAGACUUUCUCCGCUGCCGCCAACCGGGAGCGACUUUAUAGGCCGGUGGAGCGGAGUCUGUUGUCUGGGUUUCUGUCUUGAUUUUGAACUUGCCUCUGAGUUUUCUUUUUCUCUUGGUGCCAUGGGGGCUAGCGGGAGCACCCAUGGCAGCAGGAAGGUCUCCUUCGAGCUGGAUGAGAACGAGCAAGUUCGGGUGUUGCAGGGCAUUAGGCUUUCUGAAGAUGUAGUAAACAGAAUGAAGGAGAAAUGCGAACCUAAACAGGACCAGCAAUCGCAAGGGAAACCUAAGGUGUCCACAGGGAUUUGCCCACCAACCGCAGAGAGUUUGGGUCAAAAUACUUCUGAAGCAGAGGAGGAUCUGUAUAAGAGGUAUGAUCAAGAGCAGGCAGUGGUCCAAGAGGAACUACUUCGACUGGCAAAAAGAGAGAGGGAGAGGGAGGCAGUCAGCGACAGCCUGAAUGCUACCCUCCACCAGGAGAGAAGUAGUGCCCAAGAGGAGAAGCAGAAAGCAGCCCAUCUGGCAAAGGAGCUGCAGUGGAAAGAUGAAGAGCUGAAGCGGAGAGGCACCUUCUAUAAGGAACAAUUGGCCCACAUUGAGAAGAAGAAUUCUGAAAUCUACAAGCUGACUUUGGAUCAAUACAAUGAGGCAGUCACCAGUGCAGAAGAUCAAAUCAGGCGGAGGAACACACAACCUAUAUGUGCAAACCUGCAGGAAGCCAUUCUGACGUGCUACAAUGAAAAUAAGCAGCAAGUGCUAAACUGCUCAGAGCUAGUCAAGGAGUAUCAGCGUUGUGUUAGGCUAGCCCAAAAGGAAUUGUUGAUUCAUUUUGAUUAAAAUCCAACUGCCAAAACAAAUGAAGACAACAGAAGUUCUUCAAAGACCAGUAUCUUCCUUGGUUUCAUGCUGAUGUAAAUGAGUGCCUUCUACCUUUAGCAGACCACAAAAAACACCAUGAGUCCAUACACAGAUGCCUCUAUGGAUCCGUUGCAAUGCUUGAAUUUGGACUUAAGGGUCAAAUGGGCUUGGACAAAGCUGUGCUCUGAAAAAGGUAUGUUGCCAUCAUCAUUCAUGUGAUGAACAUUCAUGAAAAGGAGUGCUACAGGCAAAUAUUGUUUCUAAUAUGGAAUAUUAAACAUAAGCUUUCAUUGAAACACAAAAACCAAAAGGCUGUCAAAUGUUCAAUGUUACUGUUACCCAAUAUUUCAGUUUGUGUUUCCCCUUGUUUUUUUAGAGUAACACAUCUACAGAAUAAUGUCUGUAUGUAUGUAUGGCUAACAAGGGGCAAGGCAUUCAAACAAAACAAUAAAGAGUGUUUAAUGUUUA